AUGCCGUGGCAGGAACCAAGUUACGAGAAUGUCGAGUUUCCCCACUCGACGCCCUACGACUCUUACAACCUCACCUUCGCGACGGUGAUGCUGCAGAUCGUUGCGGCUUCGGCCGGUGUAGUGCUCAUGCACGCCCGGACCGACUGCCUGUUCCACCUUGGGGCAAUUUUGCUCGUUAUGUGGAUCAGCGAAGCAGCCCUGGUUGUCCAGUACAUCUUGCAGUUCCUUCGUAUCAAAGACUAUGGCCUGACGGUGGCGAUAUCGCUGGGUUGCCUGCAUGGCGUAGGCUUCGGUCAUCAGAAGACUUUUAUCUUCAACUGCAUGUUGGACAUUGAGCUUGUUUUGGCCAUAGAUCUGGGUACACGGAAAGCUGCCCGCAUGCUGCUCGUAGAUGCACUGCUCUCAAUUCUCGCUGUUACAGCAGCUGCGGCCCAGCGACUGAGGGCAGAUAUGGGUUUGCACUGGCCCGACUCGGUUCGAAAACUGUCGAGCAUGGUUUGUUGGGCGUAUCUGUGUGCCAGCCUCACUUUUGCUUUUCAAUCUUUCGAAGUGAUGGGCCGUGUGCUCCGGCUGUCGGAGGACACAACUGCUCGUUUAGCACACGAAGCCAAAUCACGCAGUCAGCUAUGGUUUCAAAAUGGUGACCCGGAGAUUCGGGCUACAUUUCACAAGUUGCGGAAGCACAGGCGGCACGUUUUGACCUUGUCUGCAAUUCGGCUGCUGGUUUUCGGUCACAUCAUGCUCUUCGGUGGCUUCCUGUGGCCACUUCCUGCGGACUUGAGUGCCCAGGUAACCGACAGCUUGGGCGGGGGAUUUGCUGGAUAUUUGAUGACAGACUCGGUGCUUAUUACGACUCUGUACUACCUCUACCUGAUCUUCAUCGUCUGGUAUGUAUAUGGAGGCUUGUCGUCUCUUGUGGGCAUCCAUGCACGGUUCCAAGAGGAGGAGAUGCGCUUGGCGAAGCGUGCCCACCAGCAAGCAAGAUUUUCUUCCUCAAGCGAUCCGAGAUGGCAGGCUCAAGUCCAAGAUCUGGCCUGCCGUGCGAUUACCGUCGAGGUGCUGCUGGACUUCUACCACGGCCUAGGGCGAGACUAUAUGCGGGGCUUUAACCCUGACAGGCACACGACCAGUGAUGUGGUGCGGCAGGCCAUCAUUCCCCUGAGUGCAAGCGUCGGAUCCGACAUGGCAGGUAUCUUGAUGCAAGGCCAGCGGAUGCUGCCCGAGGCUAUGGUCUCCCACACAUGGCGAGGCCGCUUCCGGGACUUGGUCGCGGCAGUUGUGGCUGACGGCCUCGGGGAGCAAGAGUAUGGCCGCAUUGGCAAUCUUCUGGACUCCGAUGUGGAUCUGAUAAAGCACUGGAUCUCCAGGGGCUGUGGACUUCAACGGACGUAUUGGAUCUGCGCCUUCUGCGUGAAUCAGCACAAGAGCAUUUGCUCGCCGACGGUUCCGCAGACAGAUUCCGUCACAGGUGCGCUAGUUCCACCAUGUGGCUGCGGGUGUCCGAAGUUCCUGAACACGGACGCACCGUGUAGAGAGGAUGGUUCCAGCAUCCAAUGCGAAAUGAAGCUCUGCCGUUUUUUAGUAAUCUGUAUGUGA